AGAAACUACUUUAGUAUCAAAAAGAAGCGAAAAAGUAAAUGAAAAAGAAAAUGCUUGGUUAAAUUUAGCAUCAACAGGUGCUUUAGUAUUUGCUGAAAGAUAUGAAGGAGAAGCUAUUCAAUAUGACGUAAACUCAAUGUAUAUAUAUGAAAUGUUAAAGAAAGAGGCAUCAUGGCCUUUUGCACAAGGUAAAUUUCAUACAAUAAAUUCAACUUUUGCUGAAAAAUGGGGUAAAUUUCCGUAUAGAAUUUAUAAAGCAACAAUAGAAGGAAAUCCUCUAAAGAAAAGCCUUCAAUAUACAAGAUAUUUGCGAUAUAAUCUAUAUAGAAUUUAUACACAUUAUAAUUUAGAAAGUGCUAAAAAAAAUGGAUUGAAAGUAUAUUUAAUGAAUGAAUCACCAAAUGCACUUAUAUAUGAAAAAAAUACUCGUAUUAGUGAAAGAGACAUGUUUGGUAAAUGGGGAAAUAUAUUAUAUAAUAUUAAGAAAGAAGGUGAAAUAGCUGGAAAAGGUGUCUUAUGUGAGCAAAGAAAUAGGCAAAAUUAUGGUACACACCCACAAAUAAAACCAUUCUUAUUAGCAUCAGCACGAAAAAGAAUAUCAGAAAUUGUAAAACUACUAGGAGAUCAAGUAAAACGUAUACAUACAGAUAGUUUUAUUGUAGCUGGAAAAGUAGAACUUAAAACGGGAAUAGAAAUGGAAAUUCCAAAUUUGACUAUUUUCGAAGAAAAUGAGCUUCACACUACAAAUAGUUUAUUAGAUUUUGGAAAAAUACAAGAUAAAGAGCAAAAUACAAAGUUAGAUACAGAGUAUCCUGUCUCACAGACAGUAAAAAGGAAACCAUUAAAAAGGUCUGAUAUAAAUCUUCUAAAUGAAAUUAUAAUAGAAAUAUUUCAACAUUUACGAACACAAAAUGAUAUAUUAAACACGAAGUGUCCUGCUUCACAGUGUACUAAUAAUGAAUUAUUAUCACUAGUUUUAUAUGUUAAUAAACGAUAG